GAAAAUGGUCCCCUCCUCCCUUCCUUCCCCAUAAACGUCCACCCUUUUCAUCAUAAGCAGAUUUCUUCACCUGAAAACCGCUUUCCCUCUACAUCUCUUCUCUUCAUUUCUCUUUCUUUCCCUCUCUUAGGCUAUCUCUAACACGUUUCUUACAGUAGCUCAUACCAAUAAUCAUAUACCUCUCCCUUUCUCUCGCUUUUUCUUACACCUUAUAUCCUCAAAGCCAUCGCCUUCAGUUUGCUUUCCCUCUCUCUCUAGAAAUACAAAGGCUAUAUCUUUAACUUGAGACUGUAAAGAAGAAAGAAAAAAAAUCCCAACCUCGUCCAUAGUUUCCUUCGCUUUCUCUAUCUAUCAAACCAUGAAUUCAUAAUAAUCAUCGUCGUCGUCUUCAUCAUAUCUCUCUUUCGAGUACGUUUUACAGAAAAAGAAAAGGUAAAGGGUUACAUGGCGUUUCACCACAACCACCUUUCACAAGACCUUCCUCUUCAUCACUUCACCGACCAACAGCAACAACAACAAACGAACCAACAGCAACAAACCAGCCAACUACAGGAAACCACAGGUCCCAAUUGGUUAAACAACGCUCUCCUCCGUUCCCAGCAGCCUCAACCACCGCAACCACACGCUCACUUCUCAGACCCUAACUUCCUUAACCUUCAUACUACUACAACUGCUUCUGACUCCUCCGCGGCUUCCCAAGCUCCCAACCAGUGGCUCUCCCGUUCAUCGUCUUCGCUUCUUCAACGUAACCACAGUGAAGUCAUCGACGACGUGGCAGCGGCGGCGGCAGCAGCAGCAGCAGCAGCUGGACGAGGUGGUAGAGGGGACUCCAUGAUGGCCGUGGAAUCCGGGGAUUUGAAGAACAUCAACAGUGAGACUAUGAAUAAUAACAAGAGCGAAGGUGUUGUGGUGGAAAGUGGAGGAGGUGGAGCAGCUGUAGAUGGGGCUGUGAAUUGGCAAAAUGCAAGGUACAAGGCGGAGAUACUAGCUCACCCUUGGUACGAGCAACUAUUGUCUGCACACGUGGCUUGUCUUAGGAUCGCCACGCCAGUGGAUCAGCUUCCGAGGAUCGACGCUCAGCUGGCUCAGUCACAGCAUGUGGUGGCUAAGUACUCGGCUCUCGGUGGUGGGGCCCAGGGCUUGGUUGUUGAUGACAAAGAGCUCGAUCAGUUCAUGACGCAUUAUGUUCUGUUGUUAUGUUCAUUUAAAGAGCAAUUGCAACAACAUGUUCGGGUCCAUGCAAUGGAAGCGGUUAUGGCUUGCUGGGAAAUUGAGCAAUCCUUACAGAGCUUAACAGGAGUUUCUCCAGGCGAAGGUACAGGUGCAACAAUGUCUGAUGAUGAUGACGACCAAGUAGAUAGUGAUGUCAACUUGUUUGAUGGAAGUUUGGAGGGUCCGGAUUCGAUGGGAUUUGGGCCUUUAAUCCCAACGGAGAAUGAAAGGUCUUUGAUGGAGCGUGUGAGGCAAGAACUGAAACAUGAACUGAAACAGGGUUACAAGGAGAAGAUUGUAGACAUAAGGGAGGAAAUUUUGCGCAAGAGAAGGGCAGGAAAACUUCCUGGUGACACCACAUCAGCUUUGAAAGCUUGGUGGCAGUCACAUUCCAAGUGGCCAUACCCUACUGAGGAAGAUAAGGCAAGGUUGGUUCAGGAAACAGGUUUACAAUUAAAACAGAUAAAUAAUUGGUUCAUCAAUCAGAGGAAGAGGAACUGGCAUAGCAAUCCAUCAACUUCUACCGUUUUGAAGAGCAAACGUAAAAGAAGUAAUGCAGGUGAAAACAAUGGUGAUCGGUUCAUGUAAAUGGAAGACAGUCCAGAAUCAAAUCACAGAUGAUGUCUCUUUAAACAUUUCCACGUCAACGAUGAAUCCAACAUACUACGUAGAAAUUACAACAAUAUUAUAGGCUUUCAAAUGGAACUGCUUCAGGGUUUAAGUGAAAGGAACAGAUUUUGCUUCAAGAUGAAAAAAGGGCUAACACAGAGGAUGAGGUUGUAACAGAUGAACCUGAUUCGUGCCAUUUUGCAGGUAUGCGUAGAUCGAGGCACGCCAGUUUGGUGCUACAUGCUAGCCAUGCAAUAUUGCUAGGAAGUUUAGGAAUUAUAUUACUGUUACUUUAUUGGAUAAAUUACAUUUGCAUUGGCAGGUUAUGAUUUUUGUUCUUUUUAUCUCCUUAGAUCUGUGAAUAAGGGUAGUGAGGGAUUGUGAGUGUACAGUGUAAUAAUCUUUGGCAUAAUUCCUUACAGUCAUACUAGAUCAUUAUACUUUUUUUUGGCAUUGUCAUGCAGGGUAAAAUUUGCAGCAAAAAUGGCAUAUUAACCUUCUUUUUAAGGGUCUGUCUUUUUUUAUAAUCUUCUGUCGCUUUUAGGGAUGAAAAUGCAUUGGAUCUAGCUUUUAUAAAUUUAGAUCAAUUUUGCAAUAGUGAUAUUCUUUGUUUGAAUUUGGGGUUUAAUUUGAUUCACGCAAUCAUUUUAGAAUUCAAAUUUUAACAUUUUUUUCUGUUCUUAGAUUACGGCUUCUUCAACUUUAGUUGCAUUAUUUUCUUAUUCGAGUAGGUGGGACUUUUGAGAUAUGGAUGUGCACGGUUGACUUCGGUUUUGAUUUAUUUUCAAGUUUGGAGAUCACACCGAAAGUCUAGGUUGUCUUUAUUUGAAAUUGAACCAAUUUUAA